AUGAAAAUUGGAUUUUUUCUAGUAUUUUUUCUUUUUUAUUUGGUCAGUGCAAGAAAGAAUGAAGAUUUUUCUCGUGUGACAAUCAAACAAGGAACAUUGAUAGGAACUGUCUAUAAAAAUCAUCGAAAUUUUUAUGGAAUACCCUAUGCAAAGCCUCCAAUUGGUGAACAAAGGUGGAAAAAUCCCAUUCCUGAUGAAGGUUGGGAAGGUAUUAGAGAUUGUACCUACACCAGAGAUUCUUGUCCACAAGUAAAAGGAAACGAUCCAAUGAUCUAUCCUCCAAAUGGAACCUCAGAGGACUGUCUUUAUAUAUCAAUUAAGACACCUAUUCCAUCGAACAUGUUGAGUCCUGUCCUAAUAUAUAUUCCAGGUGGUGGAUUUAUUAGAGCAUCUGCCGAUUCCCCCGGGUAUGCAGGAGAAUUAUUUGCAAGAAAAGGAAUAUUAGUUGUUACCUUUAACUAUAGAGCGUUUGGUGGAAAUCCUAAUGAUAUAACACUUGGAGGUCCAUCAGCAGGUGCAAUGUCAGUUGUUACUCAUUUGGUAUCACCUAUAUCUGCUGGUUUAUUUCAUAAAUCAAUCAUUGAAAGUUGUCAUAUGCCUUCAGGAUACAAAACAAUGGAAAAUGCAAAGGAUCAAUACAAAAGACUUUCCUAUCAACUAAACUGUACAGAUAUUCAAUGUUUAAGAGAAUCCAAAGUUGAUGAUAUCCUCAAGAUUCAAACACAAAUGAUGGCUGUUGAUUUUAGAUACCCUGCUGAUGCAUUUACUUUUUGGUCACCUGUUAUUGAUAAAAAAAUACUUCCUGGUUUGCCUUUUACUCUUUUUAGAACUGGUAGAUAUAACAAAGUUCCAACUUUAGUUGGAUUUGUAGAAUUAGAAGGAAAUUAUUUUGCAUAUGGAUAUUUUAAAACCCCUAUUCCGCAAGGCGUUAGCAGUUCAUUUGUAAAAAAUAUGUUGGAUUCAGUUGACGAUCAAAGAUUUAAAAAGAUAAUUACCCACUACAAUGCGACAGUUGGAGAAAGUGAUGACUAUCGAAUUGCUCUGUAUUCACACAUCAACUCUGCCAAUAUCUAUGAAUAUGCAAAACCUUAUUGUACACACAAAAAUUGUCAUGGAGAUGAAGUUCCCUACGUUUUCAACUCUUUCAAAGAGAUUGGUUACCCAGCUACCGAAGAAGAAGAGAAAAUCAGUCAUAUGAUGUCAAACUAUUGGACCAAUUUCAUUAUGACUGGUGAUCCCAACAUUGGAUACCACGUUCCUGUUAGAUGGCCAACAUAUGAACCAUCACUCACAGCUGAUAAUUGCCUAAACAUUAACUCCAAUGCAAAACCUUACAACUUUGAUAAGGAAUUUCAAAUUUGUGACGUCUUUGAUGAAUUUGGUAUCUCUGGCUACUGA